AUGAUAAUAAUUAAUGGUAUAGGUAAUAUUACCACAGAUGAGUGUCCCGAAGCUCGACAACUAUUUUCUUUCAUGAAUUUAGAUUUGAACAGCUGCAAAAAGAAAAGUAAUGAAUUUGUUUUUCAAGCUCUUCGCUUUUUUCAGGUUCUAGAAAGCGGUAUAAACAGUCUUGAUGAUUUGAAAGCAUUUGAUCCCAUUUUGGAUAAUUUGGGACGAAGACAUGGUAAGCUUGAAUCGAGCAUUGGCUUCCGACUCUAUUACUGGUCAGUAUUUUUGGAGUGUUCAAUAUAUCACAUACGAUCAGCACUACUCAAUUCGAAAAUUGAUCGUUGGAACAGUACAGAUGUAGACAAUGCGAUCAUUUUAUGGAGGCAUCUCAUUUCAGGAAUCUGUGAAAGGAUUAAACGAGGGUAUCUAACAGAUAUAACAAAUCGAUCAAUCUUAAGUGUUCAAACAUCACCCAGAAUGAAAUUAUUAUCUGUCAUACCACCAAACCCAAAACCAUCAACUGAAAGCUCAGCGAAUUCUGCACGAAUGCCUUUACAUUGCCAAUUCACGAGAUGGUUAUUUUCACGUGGUCAUCGAGGUGAUUGA